AUGCUAUCAAGAGCCUUCACCAAACCCAAAAGGAGCCCUAAACAUGGAGAUGAUGAUGGCAAGUCAGGGACGUCACUCCUUGAAUCUGAAGAUUUCGUAGUUGGUUUCAUGGAUGAUCUGCCUUUGUUUUUUUGUGGAGAAAGUGUGUCCCGCUUGAGCCUAAGGGAGAUCUUAAGGGCUUCUGUUGGUGUUAUGGGAGAGAGCCCUUUGGGGAUGACAGAAAAAGUGGUUUUGUUAGGAGGCAAAGUUUAUGCUCUGAAGAGGUUUAGGGCAUUAAGAGUUAGGAGGCGUGAGUUUGGCAAGCGGAUUGAGAGGUUAGCUCAGGUGAGCAAGAGGUGUGAGUAUCUUGUCCCUGUCACUGCUUACCUAUAUACAAAGAGGAUCAAGUUUGUUGUCUGUGAUUAUUUUCCCAUGGGAAGCCUGGCUGACUUGCUUGCUGGUGGAAGAGAAUGCGGUCACACUGCCUUGGAUUGGAAUCAAAGACUAAGAAUAGCUCUUGACAUUGCACAGGCAAUCGCAUUUAUCCACACACAAUACCCUCCAUAUGAAAAGAACAUGUUGAUGAAUGUGCAUGGCAACAUCAAAUCCUCCAAUGUCAUGAUAACUAUUAACUUCACAGCCCACUUAUCCAAUUACGGCCUCACUCAACUGGCUGAGGAAUUGGAGGAAGUUUCCGGUUCUUGGCAGCGAAAGCCGCCCCCUUCGCCAGAAAAUCCUAACACCAACAAAUUGAGUCAAAAAGGUGAUAUUUUCAAUUUUGGGAUGGUGUUGUUGGAAAUGCUAGGAGCGCCAAGAGGUAGAGGUAUUAAAAAUGGCAUAAUGGAAAGGAAAGAAGAGAUAAAGAAAGAUCCCAUCGACUUUUUUGAAUUUUUUGUGGAGGGCAAAGAGAGGGAACAAGCUUUGCUGGUCUUGGAUAUUGCAUUCGAAUGUGCAGCCAAGGUGCCUGAAGCUAGGCCUCCAAUAGAACAGAUCUUGAGGCGUCUUGGAGAUGUUUUGAUUCAUAAUUAA